AUCACUAGCGAAGCAUCUUCUUCCUGUUCACACUCACUCCCAUCUUCUUUAACCGUUUUCUUUCCAAAACAGAACACAACUGAAAAAAAAAAUCAAAUCUCACAGCUGUCUGAUUUUCUUUCCCUAAUCGGAAAUUCAUGUUUUCCUCUGCUUUUCGGUUAAAUCGCGUAAGUGAAAUAGAUGUUUCCGGUGAAGGAGGAGUAUCGAGGAGACUCUUCGUCGAGCGAUGCGGCGCCGAUGCCGAUGGAAGGGCUGCACGAAAUGGGGCCGCCGCCGUUCCUGACGAAGACGUUCGACAUGGUCGACGAUCCGGCCACGGACGGCGUCGUUUCGUGGAGCAGAGGAGGCCACAGCUUCGUCGUGUGGGACCCGCACGCCUUCUCCUCCUCUCUGCUCCCUCGCUAUUUCAAGCACUCCAACUUCUCCAGCUUCGUCAGACAGCUCAAUACUUAUGGGUUUAGAAAGAUCGACACAGACAAGUGGGAAUUCGCCAACGACGCAUUUCUGAGAGGCCAAAAGCAUCUGUUGAGGCACAUAACUCGAAGGAAGACGAGCCCCCCAAAGGCCCAGUCCGCCGACCCAGAGGUGGACGGGCUGCGCCGCGACCGGGUGCUGCUGGUGAUGGAGCUUGUGAAGCUCCGUCAGCAGCAGCAGGCGACGCGGGCUCACCUCCAGCAGAUGGAGCUGAGGCUGCAGAGCACGGAGAAGAGGCAGCAGCAGAUGAUGAGCUUCUUGGCGAGGGCGAUGCAGAAUCCCGAGUUCAUCCAUCAGUUGGCUAAUUACAGGGAGAGGAGGAAGCGGGAGGUGGAGGAGGACGCCGGGAAGAAGCGGAGGAGGGCGGUCGAGGGGUCGUCAGGGUGGGGGGCGGUGAAGGCGGAGCCGGUGGAGUAUUGGGGGGGCUUGGCCCCCUCGGAGCUGGAGGUGCUAGCGAUGGAGAUGCAGGGGAUUGGGAAGGGGAAGGGGGAGGAGGUGGAGGCGGACGAGGUCGGUAACGAGCUCGACGACGGGUUUUGGGAGGAGCUACUUAGUGAGGGGUUUGAUGAGGAAGUAGGUUUGGGUGAUGGUGGUGAAGAUGUGGAGUGUGGAGGGGAAGAUGUGAAUGCUUUGGCUCAUAGGUUAGGCUUCUUGGCUUCACCUCCUUGGAGAUAGUGUCUGACUGACAAGGUAAUUUCGGACAAGUUUAGUUUCGAGCAAUGAUUUAAUCUUCAGCAACCAAAUAUCCAAAAAAUUAGAUGCCACAGGUUUAGAUCUAAAAUGGCCGUUUUUUUUUGUUUUAUGGUAAAAUAUCAUAUCGUUUGUUUGAUUAUGUUUGUUAUGUUUACAAUUUUAUUCACAUUUUAUAUCCCUUAA